AUGAGUGUUUGGCAGCAUUGUAUUUCAGUUUUUAUUGCUUUAUCUUUUGUUGUUUUUAUAUUAAUGUUUGCCUUUUUCUUUAGAGAUUAUGCUGUAAAUGGUUUCAAUUUCUUUUUAAUUUUCCUUGGUUCAAUAGCAAUUAAAAGUUGUGUUUAUGCUAUUUUGCAGUAUUUAUUGAAUGGUUAUGAAUAUGAAAUGUUUUCUUUACGACAAAUAUUCUUUUGUUUUAAUAAAAGAAGAGAGGAAUUAAAUAAUCAACAAAAUAUUCCAAAUUCAUCGAAUUCCCUUCAACAACAACAAAAUUCUUCCAAAAAAUCUUUUUUGGAUAAUCCAUUUAAAUUAUUUUCAACCCUCUCUUUCAUUUUUUCUUUGAGUAUUUGUCUCUAUUGGUUUUAUAUUCGAAACACUUAUUAUGCAUUUUAUUUGUUAGAUUUUAUCAAUAUUACUAUUUGUAUUUAUGCAAUUAGAUUUAGCAGAAUUAGAAGUUUACGGUUAAUUACUUUCUUUUUACUUGCCUUUUUUGUCUAUGAUCUUUUUAUGGUUUUUGGAACUCGUUUACUUACUUCAGAUGGAUGUUCUGUUAUGUUACAGGUGGUUACGGGUACUGAUUGUCAACCAACAAGAUUACCGGAGGGAGAGUUUCAACCAGUUGCUCCCAUUGAUAUAAAAACAAAAAUACCUGAAAAGCUUCCAUUACUUUUUUACGUGCCUUUAUUAGCUGAUCCUAUGGCUGAAUGUUUUGAUAUACAAGUCGAAAGAGAAUUUAAAAAUGUUUUGCUCGGUUUAGGGGAUGUAAUUCUUCCCGGCAAGUUUUUAUUUAAAAAAAUAUUUUUAAAAAAUAAUUUUAGGGUAUUUAAUUGCUUAUUGUUUUUAUGUUGA